AUGGGGUUUGGUCCGUUAUGGCGUGGUUGGAUUAUGGAGUUAUUGAAAUCUUCGAGGGCUUCGGUUUUGGUUAAUGGUUCGCUUACCGAUGAAUUUCAGAUUCAUCAUGGUUUGAGACAGGGAGAUCCUCUUUCUCCUUUCCUUUUCAUAUUGGCGAUGGAGGGUCUUCAUGUGGCAUUGGUUAGAGCUCAGAUGGCUAACGUGUUUAGGGGAAUCUCUAUUUCAGGCAUUGGAAUUUCUCAUCUUUUAUAUGAUGAUGAUGUUAUGUUGAUUUCUUCUUGGGAUCCUGAGAAUGCGAAGCUUCAUAUUUGUAUCCUUCGUUGUUUCUUUAUGGCUUCGAGUUUUAAAAUUAAUUUGUAUAAAAGCAAAUUGAUUGGUGUGGGGAUUCCUUUAUCUCAGGUCUCUAGUGAUGCAUACAUGAUUGGGUGUGCAGUUUCUAAGCUUCCUUUUAUCCACCUCGGUGUUCCUGUUGGUCAGAAUAUGUCUCGUAUCUCUGCUUGGUCUCCUGUGUUUGAUCGUCAAGCUACAGUUAGAGAUCGUCUAACAUUGGGGUGGGAUCCUGUUACUUUCAGACGUAGUACUAGAGGUGGAAUUGAGCAGGAGAAGUGGGAUGCUUUUAUUUCUCUUUUGCAGGAUUUCCAAUUGCAAUCAAUUCCUGAUAGAUUGGGUUGGUCUAUUGAUGUUUCGAAUACUUUUUCUAUCUCCUCUGCUCGUUGGUUCUUAGAUGGGAGUAUGCUUUAUUCUGGAGGUGGUGAGACUAGAUGGAAUAAUUGGGUUCCCAUCAAGAUAAACAUUCUUUUAUGGAGGAUCCAGUUACUCAGUAUUCCAACUAGAGAGAGAUUAUCUCAUAGGGGAAUCAUGUUGGACUCGAUUUUAUGCCCUAUAUGUUCUCGUUCGGUGGAAUCUGUUGAUCACCUUUUUACAGAAUGUAUUGAGUUGAUGGAGAUUUGGCCGUGCAUUGCUAUUUGGUGA